AUGAAAACGAUAAUCAUCCUCGUCUCAAUUUGCAGUCUGGCCAUCGCUGAGCCAGGAUAUCUGGGUCCAGUGGUGCCUUACGGCCAUCUUGGUGUACCCUUGGCCUACGAUGGCAGAGUGUUGGACACGCCAGAGGUUGCAAGGGCAAAAAUGGCGCACCUCGCGACCCAGGCGUACGAGGCGGCCAGGAACACACUCGGUUACGCUCAACUGCCCACUCUGAUCCGUGUGUACACACCUGCCGCUGGCGCGCCCAUCGGCGCCGACGGCCGCGUCGUCGACACGCCUGAAGUCGCGGAAGCGAAGGCUGCUCAUCUCACCGCUCACGUGCUGGAGGCUGCAAAGAAGAUAGGACUUUAUCCAUAUGGUGCUCUGGCCUACACGUCCAUACCUUAUGCCUAUGGCCACGCAUAUGGAGCCCCUCUUGGCCCCGAUGGUAGAGUGGUGGAUACACCGGAAGUCGCAGAAGCAAAAGCAGCUCAUUUGGCCGCGUAUCAAGCAGCGAAAAUUGCUGGAAAACUUUGAUUCCCUUUAACAAAGAUAUUUAGAAGAAGAAAUGACGCAACAGUACAUAAUAAAAUAAAUUGUGAAUAUUUUGUUCGGUACUUAGAUU